AUAGAAUUCGAGUGUUGUGCCAUCUUUCCGCCACCUCUCUCCUCAACAUCACUACGAACAGUCCACAACCAUAACGAUGCCUCCCCAAAUUAAACAAGAUCUGAACCGCUCUGGGUGGGAGACAACUGAUUUUCCGUCAGUUUGCGAAAAUUGUCUUCCAGAGAACCCUUUUGUCCAGAUGCUCAAACAAGAUUACUCAGCCGAAUGCAAACUAUGCACCCGCCCAUUCACUGUCUUCACCUGGAAAACCGAUCGAACUUCGCGCUCAAAGUCCACCGGUAUCUGCCUCACAUGCGCCCGACUGAAGAACUGCUGCCAGUGCUGUAUGCUCGAUCUGUCGUUCGGCCUGCCGAUCGUUGUUCGCGAUGCGGCGCUCAAGAUGAUCGCGCCCGGCCCACAAAGCGCCGUCAACAGAGAGUUCUUCGCGCAGAACCACGAGAGGGAUAUUGAGGAGGGGAGGGGCGAGGCGCUGGAGGAAUACGAGAAGACAGAUGACAAGGCGAGGGAGCUACUGAGGAGGUUGGCGAACAGCGAGCCGUAUUUCAAGAAGCAAAGACGAAUCGCACCAGUUGAAGGAGAGGGCAGCGCUGCGGCGUCUGGUUCUGGUGGCGGUGCAGGAGAACAAAGUCAACGCUCUGGGCCUGGACCAAUACGCACACAACGCGGGGGAGCCGCUGCUCGUGGAGGUGUACGCGGAGGAAGAGGAGGUGGGAGAGGCGGCCGUUUCCCUUCUGCGGCGGUACUGCCUCCAACCCAAGCCGACAUCGCACCUCCUUCCGACACCGCCAUCACCUCCCUAUUCGUGACUGGCAUCGAAGACGACCUCCCAGAACACAAGAUCCGGGACUUCUUUACUGCCUAUGGCAAGCUACGGAGUUUAGUAUGUUCACACAUGAGCCAUUGCGCGUUUGUCAACUACGCCGAAAGGCAGGGAGCAGAAGCAGCUGCCCUGGCGCUACAGGGGAAAGCUGUCAUCGCAGGAUGCCCGUUACGUGUUCAAUGGGGUCGACCGAGGCCGAUUGGGACGAUGGAUAGAGACGAGAGGUCGGCUACGGGGAGAGAGGGCAGGAGCGCGUUUGCCAACGCUGGCCGACAAGCUGUGGAGCAGAGCCAGGAGGUGCAGGCAGUGCGGCGGCAAAAUGAUGAUUUGGCUAACAUGGCUGUCGUGGCUGCGCCGCCGGGAGCUGACGAUGUGAAUUAUGCUAGUCUGGCAGGAAACUGAGCGGGAAUGCAAGCUAUGGGAAUGAGGUUUACAAGGGCGGCGUCUUGCUGGCGUUGAGAGCAAAAGUAAAAGGGUUAUACUACACUGUACAGUACAGGUUAUUUAGUUGUAUAACUAGAUUAGGAAUACCAGGUCGAUGGAGGGUGAUAACCCGAGACGUUUCAUAUUCUUGACCCUCGCGAGAUCUGCGACG